CGAAAAACAAAGUACAUAAACAGGAAAGGAGGCCCAGGUAGAUUUUUUUUAUUUAAGUUCUUAUAAUUGAUUCAAAGUUGAAAAGCUUAGAUAUAAGAGAAGUUAAUUAAGACUGAAGAAAAACCUUUUGGGUGGAACAUAUUAUAAUCGUAAAAGAAACACUUGAAGAAAUAAGGCUGUCAAAGAUCCAGGGAACAACUCUUCAAUUUAAGGAAAGGCAUUUUACUUAGGAACAUAUUAGACUAUGACAGUAGCUUAUCCGACAAACGAAGACGUGCAAAAUGAGCAUAUGCAAGAAGGGCUACAGUUGUUUGCCCUUUGGGAGGCGCUAACGGUGGGCAAAAUGCCGAAUAACCAGCAAUUAGGUGGCUUAUUUUCAACUAUCUCAGAGGGCUCUCAAUCAAUUGCUCAGGACGUAAAACGAAACAUGUCCAAAGAUGCCCGGAGCUUCUUUGGCCAGUUUGCAGAGCUGGUAGAUGAUACAUAUUUGAUGUUGGAAAGAAAGAACCGAGGUGAUCUUUUGCAAAAUGCUGUUUAUGAGUUGACGCAAUCCAGUGCAUCAACCAACGCACAAAAUGUUUGGAACGACAUGAGUCAAAAUAUGGAAGGUCAAGACUUUAAUCGUGAAGACCUUAAACAAUUUUUUCUUUUAUUUUUUAACAACACCCACUUGCGUGAGAUUUUGCGAGAUGUUCUUGCACUGUUUGGUCGCCAAGGUUCGAAGUUAACAGAGCAAAAGUUCAACCAGUGGGAUCCACAGCAAGGGAAAAUUGGCCAGAAAGAACCCACAAAGUUACCGCAAACCAAGAAAGUCAAUGGCAUCCAACUUCCCUCGUCCUCUAACGUCAAAGAGGAAGGAAAAAAACAGGGUAGAAAGAUUUUGAAUGAUCCCCAAACAGAAGAAGUUAAAAAGGAAACGAAGUCCAACUUGAAAGAAAUUAUGAAUAAGCUGAAGUCCUUAGUCGUCGAAUUACAACAGGAUAGGGCUUAUCAACAUCCUUUGCAGAGCCUUUUUGGUCUGGUUGAAAGAUUUGUUAAUGAGCUUGGUGACAAGCAAGAUAAUUUGCAAAUUGAAACCAAUGAAAAUACCGAGCGUGCCAUAAGGUAUCUUCGAGAGCUCCUUGAAAAUAUUGUUAAUCACUCCCUCACGCCUCUUAUUAACAUUUUCAAAAAAUUCCAUCAUAGUGCUCAACAAGACGAAGAUUUUAAGCAAUGGUUCCGAGACUGUUAUGCUUUUCUGAGAAAGUUUGUUUUGAAAAAAGGUUAUGCCGUCAGCCAGGGUGCCACGGACGAGUAUAAUGAGCUUUAUGAUCGCGGAAAUGGAUUCCUGCAAGGACGCUAUAAGCGAAUUUGGGAUGAAUUCUGCUCUGAAGGUAAAUCCGUUGCAGACAGCGCAGCUUCUGAUAAAAGUUAUCGACAAUUAGGAAAUGAUGGCAAGAAAUUGUAUAAUCAGCUGGUAGAACGAAAGGGUGGUGAAACAUCUUUGAAAAAGGAUAUGGUCUAUGAGAUUUUGCAAUUAAGCAUACCCGUCAUCCUCGCCAGAAUUCAGUACUUUCCUAUUCCUCGCCUUGAAAUCGAGCAACCUGCUUUUGACAUUGUCCUAGAAAACCUUAACCUUCAAACGGUUAACGUCCUUCCAAAAAUUGCGGAAAUUCGUAACAAUAACCUCAUGAGAUUUUCCCCUUAUGGAAAUGUCUCCUCUAUUCAAGAUCACUUAGUUCACCUUCACCUUGCCCAUAUCCAGACUGAUCUCAGAAAUGUCAAUUACUACAUUAGGCGUAAACAAGGAUUUCCUAAGUUUAUUGAUCAAGGCAUCGUUGAUCUUGCUAUCCACAAGCAAGGGAUGGUUGUUGAUCUUGCCUUGUCAGCAAUACCUAAAGCUACCAAUCGCGACCUUCCUGGUUCGUUCUUUCGAGUAGACCAUGUCAAAGUGGAUGUUCAUAACAUUAAGCUUAAGGUUAGAAAGUCAAGACACAAAGCUCUUUUGAAUAUUCUGAAGCCUUCAAUGAUGACUUAUAUCCGAAGAACCGUAGCAAGGUCUAUGGAAGUCUCUAUCCAACGAUCUGUUGAGCAACUAGAUAGACAUUGCUAUGACAUUCACAAAGAAGCCCAAAACGAAUUGGAAAAGCAAUCUCGAAGACCUAAAGAAGAGCAGGAUUCUAGAACAAAGGUAUAUGGUAAGACUGUAUAUUCUAAAUUGACAGCAGCGCAACAACGCUCUAAAGCUUCUGGACCAACUCAAGUUCGCGUCGCUCUUCACGAACAGAAUAGCAUACUUAGCGGCAUCGUUCUUCCUUCCCAUGAUUUACAGAAAGCCGAAAGCCUAAGGAAAUUGGCUCUUUCUGGUUCUUCUUGGCAUUCCCCUAUCUAUGAUUGCUUAGGUACUAUGGGUGGUGCCAGUGCUGUCGGUACCGCUGGACGCGGUUCACGACGUUCUAAGAUGUCAAAGCGUGGCUCCUCUAAGAAUCGACCGACAACAGCAGGAACCUCAACUGGGGAACAGCCUCCUACGAAUGCUAGUUUAAACCAAACAAUCUUAAGUGAUCAAAUGGCCCUUGGAAACGUCACUGAGAUCCCACUUCCUCGAAAUCCAAGCACUCGUAGGCACAGUAUGACUGACCACUCUAUUGCAAGUUUUGGUGAAGAGCAACGUUCUCCAGAAGUUUUGUACCAUCAUACUGAUGCCCCUACCAGAAAGCGCGGUGGUUUCGAACACCAAACAGCAGUGACUUGAUUUAUUGGUUUUUUUAUAUUGUUGGUGUAAAAUUACUUUCAAAUUAUUGUUCAAAAAUUAUUUAUUCAUUUUAUAAUUCGAUAAUUUCGACUUGAUUAUAAGAAAACCAUUCAAUCAAGUUUGUUUAUUAUAUUAAUUCUAUUUUCCUAAAAUUUAUAGUGAUUAACAGAUAUAUUUCUUAGAUUAUAAUGUAAAAUUUUUUAGUUUAAAUUUCGCCGGUAUACAUAAAUUAAGAUUUGCAAUAGUCAACCAAAUUAUAUACUCCUUUGGUAUCCUUAAUUGUGACAACAUCAGUUUAAUGUUUCAUAAGUUAUGCACGUGUACUUAGUGUACGAUCGAGAGAAAAAGGACUGCUUCUGGCUGAACCAUUGUUUUUGGUAAACAUAGGUGAUAGCGUCUCAGCUGAAUCCCAAUCUUUCAAUGGUGGUCGCAUAUUCUUUUCAGUCUUUUCAGAUUUUAUAGCUGAUACACUAUGAGGUUUGCUGAUAGACAUUUUCUUUGCAAGCAUAGUAGGCAACCCUUUAGGUUUGUUGUUUCUGUGUAAGACAGUGGGCUGAACUUUACAGCCGGCAGGCGUGGUUUUUGUUUGACUCUCAAUCGAAGAAAAGGUAGAACCUCCAGUGAUCGAAGAGUUAUCACUAGUCACAGUUAAUGAUGAAGACAUAUACUUGUUAGAAGAAUUCGAAGACGAAGACUUUCCGUCAUUUGAUUGACGAGAAUCAAUAUUGUUUGGGUACAACAGUUUAAUCGGUUCAUCGUAUAUGGACUGUCGUUGGUUUGCCCAAUUUAAGAGAGUAUUCACGUAUCCCGUUGCUUCAGGGUCCCAAUCUUCCUCAUGUUCAGAAAUGACUUUUAAUGGUUUAACAUCAUUCUUGUAAACAUCAUUUGAUGAUAAUUGGUUCAUUUGAUCGGCCAAAUGAAGUAAAACAGCACGAUUACUUUCAUACAACACGCUCUGGCAGCUUCUUCUUGGAGAGUUAGUAAGCAUAGAUGUUUUUUUCUGAGACUUUUUCGGUUUCAUAACACGUUUAAAAGAGGACCUAAUUUUGUUUAAGAUUGUUCUUUUUGCAUGAUAAUCAUCCUGCUGAGUUAGUAAGUUUGUAGUAGGAAGACUCUGUUCGAAAAUCAAUAGUUUAUCCGUUUUAUCCAGCAUCAUAGUGCAAUUCAUGAAGGCAGUUCGCUUCGAUUCAGGAAUUUCGGGGCAACGAGAUUCAACCCAAAGCCACCAAAGGGUUUUUGAAGCUUUGACAGGUGUUAUACUUUCAAAAGAACAUUGUUUGACGAUGUUCUGAUCUAAAGAGGAAACCUGGUCUAACGGUGCCACAUGAGGAAAACCUGAAGGUGAAAUUUCUCCAGAUAAUAUCGAAUAGACUGUUUCUUGGGACUUAGUUGGAGCAAUUGGAUGCUCAAAUCCAUUGGUGAUAAAAUUCGACCAUGCCGAUUCUUGAAUGGAGAAUACGGAAUGAUAGGACGUACGCUUGCUAACUUGCUGCAAGGUGGACAAACAAUUAGUCUGCACGUCUUCAAAGCGACGAGGUAAAGACGAAGAGAUCUUACGUGGUACAGGCAUUUGAAAAAUCAGCUGGAUGACUUCUAAAGGAUCCCUUGAAAAAUAGGAACUAAGAGAGAAGCUUACUAAAGAAGCUUUCUCAUUUAGAUAAUUUGUAGCAGGAGGAGGAUAUUUGCAAUUCUGAACUUGAGUUUGCAAGGUAUAUGGCAAGCAGGAAAACCCUGGUUGAUCAUGUUUAUCCAUGCUUCUGAUAUAACAAAGAAGAAGAUGAAAGCAAGCAUUGGAGCAUCUACUGUUGUUAGCAAAACGUAAGGGAGGCUUUUUGUAUCAAUAAAAAAAAUAUUCAAAGCUUACUUAUUCCAGUAUUCGAGUGUAUCCUGCAACGACAUGCGAGGCCAUUCGAAAGCCCAAAUACUAGCGAUUUGGGCUAUCAAUUCCAAAGAUGAUCCUUCAUGGACUUGUGCGCUAGUAGCCAUCUUUGCGGAGAGACUCAUCAUCAGUUUUAAAAAAUAUUUUAGCACGUGAAUAUGGUGGGUAUUCUUGGUUGCAUGUUUCAUGAAAAUAUUGAAUCCAGAACUCGGAAAAUUAGCCCUUGCUUCUGCUUCUUGGAAAAGUUUAUAAGUAGGCCAUGUAAUU